AUGAGCGAAAAAGGCGAAAGGGAGGAUCUAAAGCGCAGUGCGCCAGCGGAGGAGGAUGAACCCCAUGCGGCAGCACCGGCAGACGCCGACGGAGAGGGCGAAGACGACGCCUGGAUAGGACCAAUGCCUUCAGAACAAAGCGCCCCGGUGCCGACCAAGAAGAAAAAGGUACUGCCGUAUGAGCACAUCUUUCUGGAGAACCUGCCCAACGCCGAGAGCUACGAAAGGAGCUAUAUGCAUCGCGAUGUCAUCACGCAUUUGGUGUGCACGCGAACGGAAUUCGUAGUGACCGCCAGUCUGGAUGGACAUAUCAAGUUCUGGAAGAAGGGGGAGCUAGGCAUCGAGUUUGUCAAACACUUUCGCAGCCAUCUAGUGCCCAUCAAAUCGCUGACCACCAAUGACAGUGGCACCCUGCUCUGCUCGGCGUCCACAGAUCAAACAGCCAAGGUCUUUGAUGUUGUCAACUUCGACAUGAUCAACAUUAUUCGGCUGGGCUACACACCUCAGUGCAGCGAGUGGAUAAGUGGGCCAGGAGAUGCUGUCCAAGCAUUGGCCAUAUCGGAUUCGGAGACCAGCUGCAUACACAUCUACGAUGGACAAGGUGGUGGCGAAGUGCUGCACACACUGGAGAAACUGCACUCGGCUCCGGUGCUAGCCAUGUGCCUGAAUGUGGCCAUGGAUACAGUCAUCUCAGUGGAUCGCAACGGAAUCUUGGAGUACUGGCAGAACUCCAAGUACGACUACAAAUUUCCCCAGCGCCUAGUAAACUUUGACUCCAAACUGGACACAAGUCUUUUCGAGUUCGCCAAGCAAAAGACACAAGUCACGGGUCUGGCGGCCUCUCCAGAUGGAAAGCGCUUUGCCGCCAUUUCCACAGAUCGCAAGGUACGAAUCUUUCAGUUUAAUACGGGCAAGAUGAUCCGGGUAUUUGACGAGGCGCUUUCUACAUACACGCAAAUGCAACAGACGCAGCACGCCCUUCCCAACAUGGAGUUUGGCAGAAGGAUGGCUGCUGAAAGGGAUCUGGAGAAGACGGCUCAGAACACAACGCUUAAUAUACUGUUUGAUAGCACUGGCCACUUUCUACUCUAUCCCACUAUGCUGGGCAUUAAGGUGAUCAAUGUGGUUACGAAUCGCUGUGUCACCAUACUGGGGAAAACGGACAACAUAAGACCACUGCAGGUGGCACUUUUCCAGGGAAGAAUCAAAAGACAAAAGGCUGCCAUAACGCUCGAACAGGAGGCCAGUGAGAAUCCGGCCCUACAGAAUAUUUUAAACGAUCCCACAGCCUUUUGCACAGCUUACAAAAAAAAUCGCUUCUACUUGUUCAGUCGAAGAUUACCUUCGGAUCUGCAGGAUGUUGAUCGUGAUAUAUUCAACGAGAAGCCCUCCAAGGAGGACAUUAUAGCGGUCCCAGAAGCUACAGUUGUUCAACGUAUUUAUGAAAAUGUGGUCUUACACACCACCAAAGGCGAUGUUCAUAUGAAGCUGUUCUUCAAGGAAGUGCCAAAAACAGUGGAAAACUUUUGUGUUCAUGCGAAGAAUGGCUACUAUAAUGGCCACAUAUUUCAUCGAGUGAUCAAGGGCUUCAUGGUGCAAACGGGCGAUCCUACGGGCACGGGCACAGGCGGAAAAUCCAUUUGGGGACACGAUUUCAAGGACGAAUUCGUACCAAGUUUGAAACAUGAUCGUCCCUACACGGUUAGCAUGGCAAAUGCAGGUCCCAACACAAACGGGAGUCAGUUCUUUAUAACAGUUCUGCCCACGCCUUGGCUUGACAAUAAGCACACGGUUUUUGGACGCGUGUUUCGUGGCAUGGAAGUGGUACUCAACAUAUGCAAUUCAAAGGCUAAUCCCAAGACGGACAAGCCCUACGAUGACAUUAAAAUAAUAUCCAUACAUCUAAGUAAUUAAGCGAAAAUUGUAAAUAAAUUAGCUUUCUUUUUUA